GGGGCGGGGGCAGCGGGGGCAGCGCAGGCGCGGGCGGCGGGGGCCGGAGCGGGCGGUGCGGCGCGUGCCGCGCGGGCGGCGGCCGCUGAGAGGUGCGUUUCUGUGGGAAGGAAGAGGCUCCUGACCACUUGCCAACAUGGUAGUUUUCACAUGCAAUGCGUGUGGAGAAGCUGUGAAGAAAGCACAGGUUGAAAAGCAUGUGAACAUCUGCAGAAAGUGUCAGUGCCUGUCUUGCAUGGAUUGUGGCAAGGAUUUCUGGGGUGAUGACUAUAAAGAACACGUGAAGUGUGUAAGUGAAGACCAGAAAUAUGGUGGGAAAGGCUUUGAAGCCAAAACGAACAAAGGAGAUGCUAAACAGCAGGAGUGGAUUCAGAAAAUUCAUGAAGUAAUGAAGAAGCCAAACAUAAGCCCUAAAGUGCGGAGCAUCCUGGAGCAAAUGCGUGCCUUUGAUAACAUUCCAAGAAAAAAAGUAAAGUUUCAGAAUUGGAUCAAGAACAGUUUGAGAAUUAAGGACAGCAAUUUGCAAGAUCAAGUGUGGGAUGUUUUCUCAGAAGCAACCAGAAAUAUUUCAAAUGAAAAAGAACAAGACAAACCACAACAGAAGGAAGAACAGCAGUCUGCAGAAACUGGGGAAAAUACAAACGCAGAAGAAAAUGGAAUUACAGAUGCAAAAACUGAGAGAAAAAAGAGUAAGAGGGAACGAAAAGAAGAGAGGCAAAAGAACAAAAAGAAGGAGAAAAAAGAUCUGAAAUUGGAAAACCAGGAAGAAGUAAAAAAGAGUAAAAAGUCCAAAAAAGGAAAAGAGAGCGUAGAGGAUGAAUUUGAAAUAAAUGGAAAUGGCAAUCACUGUGAAAGAGAAGGGGAAAGAAACGUAAAGAAACGCAAACAUAAACAUAUAGAAGAGGAGCCUCAUACUAAAACAAAGAGAAUGAAAACUGAAAGUAUUUCGGAAGACAUGGAAACAGAAAACAUCAAUGACAGUGAAGAAAAUGUGGGAACAGAGAAAGGUAAAUUCAACUGGAAGGGAACCAUCAAAGCAGUUUUGAAACAGGCUCCAGACAAUGAAAUUUCAAUUAAGAAACUAAGAAAAAAGGUGAUAGCUCAAUAUUAUGCAGUAGCUGGUGAACAUCACAAAAAAGAAGAGGAGAUCCUAGUCAUAUUCAAUAAGAAAGUGAAUAACAAUCCCAAAUUUAGAGUUCUAAAGGACAAAGUGAAACUUGUGAAAUAAACAGUUUGCAUACUUUUCAUAGCUGUUGUAUUUUAAUCUUGCAGACAGUCAAAUCCUUCUGUCAGCUGUACAACUACUGUGCAUUGGUAUCAGUUUAAAUUGUGUAUAUGAAAGGAGAAUUUAACUUUUAAUACUGAAUCCCUCCCCCUUUUCUAGAUUUACCACAGAACAUUUUCAGAUAUUUUAUUUUUUGAUUUUACGGAAGAUGUAUAUUUUUUGGUACAAUUUUUAAGAGGCAUUGAAAAUAAUUGCUGGCCUACUGUAUUAAUAUUCUUCCAGUAAUGUAUGUAAUUUAUAGUCAUGAAUGUUUUUCAGGACCUGGGUUGUGUGGCUUUUUGCAGGAAUUAUUUUUCAGAGCAAAUAGGAUUUUCAUAUUCAAAAACCCACUGAGGAAUAAAUGUUUUAUUAUGCUAAAAUUCAAAAUGCUAUGGCUGAUACCCACUUCACACACUGUGGGUAGUGUUUGCAGCCUUUAAUAAACUGUUGAUUCUGUGUUGAAAAAUGUUUGCAGCCUUUAAUAAACUGUUGAUUCUGUGUUGAAAAAUGUAUAAAUAAAAUGGCAGAUCUGUGUAUGCAAUAUGUCAGAUUCAGUGAAAAUCUAAAGACUGAGUUACCUGUAUAUGCAUUUUUACUGAAAGUCUUCAUUAGUAAUGCAACUGACUUCAACAGAAGUGGUUACAUGGAGUAAAAAUUGACUGAUGAAAUAUAUUACUUUAAAACACAAGCUUAAAUCUAAUUAAUCUUGUUACUUUAUAAUUGCAUAAUAAAUCCACAAAUUAUACAUCA